AGAAUUUUUUGUACGAGACGCGAUUGGUCAGGAUCGACAAGCAUGCCGGCGCACUAAAAAUUUGCAGCAGGGAUUGGCUCGUUUGAGUUCCUUGGAUCUAAAUAAGGAAACUUACUUAGAUUUGGAUUAGUAGGGCUCAACUAAACCAUCUUUCGAACCGUGCUGGCAUACAACUAGAAUAGCAGAUGAAGAAGACCCGCUUUCCAAGGACCCAAACCCUACCAAACCCCAGGACCCCUAUCUGGAAAUAAGAGGACAAUGGGAGGACCCGGCAGAACGUUGAGAAGAACCUCAACGAAGAUUUGCGUUCCAGACCCCCACGUGUAACUCGUAAGAGAUUUAGUGGAGUAUCGUGAAAUAUCAAGCAACCCCUAUUCCUCAAAGGUACCCCAGGGGAGUACUAGGGUCUAGCUUCGUACAGGGUUGGCGGGUAAUAAAACCAAGCGAUAAGAUUUGUCUGAGGGAAAAAUUUCUGCAAACAUUCAAAACGAGGGCGGUGAGUUCGAGAGUUCUUUUCUUCUCUCUACUUCUAGAGACUGGUGAAAAGAGUGUUGGAUCGUAGGGGCCAUCUAAGCAGUCCUCCAACUAGACCAGAACAAUCACAAUUCGCUGGGCGUAUUCCUGUUGCUUCAGUCGGGACUGAACCUUCAUCAUGUCGACGAUUACGCAGGUCGAAGUACCUGCCGUAAAGGCUCGCACAGGUCAAUUGAAACUCAAGGCAGAGCAAGCGAAGCAGGAGUUUCCAGAUAUCAACACCAUCCGAAAGGCUAUUCCCGCUCAUUGCUUUAAGCCCUCGACAUUGAGGUCGCUAGGCUAUGUUGCGCGUGAUCUCGCCAUGGCCGUUGCUCUCGGGUAUGCUGCUUUGACAUACAUUCCGUCUGUGCCCAACCAAGCCUACCGGACCCUGCUGUGGACCGCGUACGGCUUUCUGCAAGGUCUUGUCGGCGUCGGCCUCUGGAUCUUAGCACACGAGUGUGGUCAUGGCGCUUUCUCAGUCCAUCGACACCUAAACGACUUCGUCGGUUGGGUUUUGCACUCGGCACUAGGCGUCCCAUUCUUCUCGUGGAAGUUCUCCCACGCUCGCCACCAUCGUUUCACCGGCCACAUGCAGAAGGACAUGGCCUUCGUCCCCAGAACGAGCCCUUCCAUUUUUAUGCAAUCUCUGUCGAAUAUGUUUAGCUUCGUAGACAUGGACGUUCUGGAAGAUGCACCUUUCGUCAAUUUGAUCCGCCUGCUCGGCCAGCAACUAGGAGGGUUCCAGAUUUACUUCCUCCUCAAUGCGACAGCUGGAGACGAGAGCAUGCAGAACUUGGACGCCAAAUGGUGGAGACGCAGCCACUUUGAUCCUUUCAGCGGCGUCUUCCGUCCUCAAGAGGCGCUCUACGUCCUGAUUUCCGACCUCGGCCUUGCGCUUGUUUGUGCCGCCCUUUACUAUGGUUCAUUGGCUCUCGAUUGGCAGAUGGUGUUCUUAUUAUACGGGGUUCCGUACCUCUGGGUCAACCAUUGGCUAGUGGCUAUUACGUACCUCCACCACACUCAUAAGGAUGUCCCUCACUACGAUGGUGAGAAGUGGUCCUUUGUUGCGGGCGCCCUCGCGACCGUUGAUCGGGACUUCGGUUUCAUUGGCCGACACGUUUUCCACGGCAUUAUCGACACUCACGUCGUUCAUCACCUAUUCUCACGCAUUCCCUUUUACCACGCGGAAGAGGCUACACGGGCGAUCAAGCCGCUUCUUGGCGAUCUCUACCACUGCGACGAUCACUCGUUUAUGGCCUCUCUGUGGGAGACGUCUCGCGCGUGCCAAUACGUGGAAAACGACCCGGCCAACCCUGGCGUUAUGAAGUGGCACGAAUAGUCUUCUUGACUUAGGAGUUGUAGGGCAUUAUGCAUAUACAUCGUCCAGAGCUCUUUUCUCUGGAAUGGGAUAUAUAAAAGGCGUCGAUACCUAUUGAUAGACAUGGCAAAUAGACGGAGCAGAUAGAAUAGAGCGUCAUAGAGGUAUGUUGUGUUAAUCUAAGCUAUUCCGCCUCAUAAUGAGGGAGGAGUACAUACCUAUUAU